CUUCAUUUUCCCCUCUCCCUACAUACAUAUCUUCCUUUGCCACCUUGAAGUAUAUAAAAAUAAAUAAAGAAAGAAAAUGGGUAAUUUGAUGGGGCAUGUGCUACCUGGCUUAGGUUUCUUCUUGAUAGGCUUAUGGCACCUACUAAACCAAGUCAAACUCCACGCUUCUCACCCAAAAACCUACUUCUCUCUCCCAUGGUUCCCAUCUCCAAGAUUCAAGUACUUGGAGCUCUACGUGAUCAUGGCCGGCUCCUUAGCCUCCAUUUCCAUGGAAUUGGUUGUGGGACCCUCAAGGCACACCCCAUUCGACCCCGACGGCACCAUACCCUCCAACCAUCUCCGGAACUUGGAGCACGCGGGCAUCUCCGCCACCAUCCUCUUAUACGCGGUUUCGAGUUUGGUUUUGGACCGGGCGUCGCCCCCGGCCAAGCACGGGCUAACGCAGCUCAUUGGCUCGCUCGCUCUCGCCCAGGAGCUCCUCCUUUUCCACCUCCACUCCACGGACCACAUCGGGGUCGAAGGGCAGUACCAUUGGCUCCUCCAAUUGGCCAUUCUCAUAUCCUUUUGUUCCACCGUUUUGGGCAUUCCUUUUCCCAACAGCUUCUUGACUAGCCUCGCUAGGUCUUUCGGCAUUAUGCUACAAGGCGGGUGGAUGGUUGCUAUGGGGGUUUUGCUUUGGACGCCCGGGUUGAUCCCCAAGGGAUGCUUCAUUAACGACGAGGAUGGCCACCAAAUCGUGCGGUGCCACACCGCGGAGUCUUUGGAGCGUGCCAAGUCUCUGGCGAACAUUCAGUUCAGCUGGUACGUAAACGCCGUCGCCAUUUUAGUGCUCUCAAUCUACUUGGUGUGCGUCCGAAAGGUUGAGGAGGACUACGAGCGUUUGUCCAAGGAAUGUGAGGAUGAGAAGGAGCUGAUUCAGCGUAACGUUGAAGCUCAAAUAAACCUUUACGAGAAACAAUACCCAAAAAAUUCGGACUAUUAAGAAAUUACUAAAAGAUCGAUCGAGUGGAAACUGUACUGUUAGUAUUGUUGUGGUUUGGAAUUAGUGUGGUUUAUAAAGUAAAAGGCUUCAACAUAAAUUCUCCUGAAAUGUGAAUUUAUUAGUAUGCCCGCAUAAGCCAUUGAGUGUGAUGAUUUGAAAAUAUGAAAACCGUAUGUACCAUUAGUCGUCGUAAUAGGACUCUUUCUUUUAAGUCAUUGUAUACCCUAUAUGGCUUAGUAUUAGAGUACGUAGUUGUGCUUGUAUAUUCUGAUGUUAUAUGUAAGUUCAAAUUUUUAAGGUAUUCAAUAAAAAAAAAACAUACUCCGUAAUA